AUGGGAGAGAGUGAAACAACAAUGAAAAGAAUUGAGGAAGAAAACUUUGAGAUGAGUGAAAAACAUGAAAUUGAUGAUGAUCCUAAAAUCAUUUACAGAGGUUGGAAGGUCAUGCCUUACAUCAUAGGAAAUGAAACAUUUGAAAAAUUGGGUGCUAUUGGAACAUUAGUUAACCUGUUGGUGUAUCUUACAACUGUAUUCAACCUAAACAACAUCACAGCUACAAACAUCAUUAACAUCUUCAAUGGCAGUACCAACUUUGCUACCUUGCUUGGUGCUUUCGUCUCUGAUACAUAUUUUGGUCGCUACAACACAUUAGGAUUCUGCACCAUCACUUCCUUUCUGGGAUUACUUGUGAUACAACUAACAGCAGUUUUCAAGAACCUGCAUCCACCACCGUGUGCAAAGGAAAGUAGCACAUGCAUAGGACCAACAGCAGGACAAAUGACGUUUCUAUUUUCUGGAUUUUGCUUACUCUUAAUAGGUGCUGCAGGUGUUAGACCAUGUAAUUUAGCAUUCGGCGUUGAUCAAUUCAAUCCCAAAACAGAUUCGGGAAAGAAAGGAAUCAACAGUUUCUUCAAUUGGUAUUAUUUCACCUUCACCUUUGCUGUGAUGGUGUCUUUAACAUUAAUUGUCUAUGUACAAUCAAAUGUGAGCUGGGCAAUUGGUCUUGGAAUUCCUGCUGCUUUGAUGUUGUUAGCUUGUGUGAUGUUUUUCAUGGGUGAUAAAUUGUAUGUUAAAGUUAAACCAAAUGGUAAUAGUCCCAUCAAAAGUAUUGUUCAAGUUUUAGUGGUUGCAAUCAAGAAAAGGAGGCUUAAACUACCUGCUCAGCAUCAAAUGCUUUCACUCUUUGAUUAUCUGCCAUCCAAGUGUGAUUAUCCAAAGCUUCCUUACACAUAUCAAUUCAGGGUAUUGGACAAAGCUGCAAUGAUCACUCCACAAGACAAGAUAAAUCCAGAUGGUUCACCAACUGAUCCAUGGAGUCUUUGUAGCAUACAACAAGUUGAAGAGUUAAAGUGUUUGGUUAGAGUAUUACCUAUAUGCUUUUCUGGCAUUUUGUUCUUUCUAGUUGUCUCUCAGCAACACACAGUCCUUGUUUUUCAAGCCCUUCAAUUGAAUAGACAAGUCGGAAAUAGCAACUUCAACAUACCGGCUGCAUCAUACUCAGUGUUCAUAAUGUUGAGCACUACAUUAUGGUUACCAAUCUAUGAUAGACUAGUUAUUCCUUUUCUCCGAAGAUUCACCGGAAAAGAAGCUGGAAUCACAAUCCUUCAGAGGAUUGGUGUUGGAAUAUUUCUAUCUAUACUAAGCAUGUUCGUAUCUGCAUUAGUUGAGACAGAAAGAAGACACUUAGCUUUAACUAAUCCUAUUGGAAUUCAGCCUAGGAAAGGCGCGAUUUCGUCGAUGUCGGGUUUUUGGUUGCUUCCUCAGUUAGUAUUAGUUGGAUUGUCUGAAGCUUUUAAUGCUGUUGGACUAACUGAAUUUUACUAUAAACAGUUUCCUGAGAAUAUGAAAACCAUUGCAGGGUCACUUUUCUUUUGUUGCUUGGCAGGAUCAAGUUAUUUGAGUGCUUUUCUAGUUUCUGUUGUUCAUAAAACAACUUCCAAAUCUGCAACAGGAAAUUGGUUACCAGAAGAUCUUAAUAAGGGAAGAUUGGAUUAUUUUUAUUACUUGAUUGCAGCAAUAGAAGUCUUCAAUUUUGGAUACUUUUUGAUGUGUUCCAAAUGGUUCAAGUAUAGGGAAACUAGUAGUAGCACUAAUAGUGCAUGA